CUAUCUCUUUCUGUCUCAUUGUGUUCAUGUCCACAUCUUUAUUGAUCAAUUGUAUACAAAAAUUGAAUUUGGGUUUUAUAAUUGUGAUGUUUUGAUAGUCUUUGUGAACUACGAGAAUCGUUAGCCAUGUACAAAAAUAUUCAUGGGAUGUUUCAGAUUGUCUUCUGCAAUUACUGUACUCUAAAUCUUGGCUAUUCACAGUGUUUAGACAGACAAGACACUAGGAGACUUCUUAAUUAUUCAUUAGGCUCUUCAGGGGAUUAACAAAUUAUCAUAUGUUAUAAGCAUAGUUUAAUCUUGUCAAAAUUUUAUCUAUGAAAUCAUAAAAACUGCAAAAGUUCCAUAUAAUAUGAAAUCACGGAGAUGAAACUAACUCCAAUGAAAUUUCUCAAAAUGAGUAUCACCAACUUAUGCUUCACCCUAAUGGUUACCAAACAUAAAACAAACAGAAGCUGGUUUUCCUGGAAAAAUUUGAAGAGAUUUCUGUGUCGGAUAGAAUUGCAGGACAAAUUAGCUUUAGGGAAGAGACAAAGCUUAGAACAAAACAGAUUAUUAUUAUUAUUUUUAUUUUUAUUUAUCAACCAUGCAACAUUCAAGCAAGCAUUUCAUAUAUGGAUAUAACUUUUGCAGCCUAAUAUUAAAACUAGACAAACAAGUUCAACAACUUGCUUUCUAUUGUACUUAAAAUUCUACGAUCUGUUUUCGUUCCUUAGAACUCCGUAGAAAUGGAAGAGGAAGAAUAUACUAAACAUUGUCUUGAAGAACAAGGUCAGAGUAAAGAAGAGAAGCCUGAUAAACAAGAUGACAGCAAUCAAACAGAGAGAGUUAUUCCAAUGCUCGAAGCUAAGCAGUUACUAGAUAAUAUGACAGAAGAGAGACAUGAAAAUGAAGCUGAAGUCAAAGUUGAAAACCGUGCAAUGGAAGAAGGAAGAGAUGGAGAUGGCCAAACUGAUUCAUCAAAGAAACUAAAACAAGGUUCAAAGCAUAAUCUCAAGGCAAAGGUCACCAUCCCUCAGCCAUUUUCUUUGGCAACGGAGAAAAGAAUGUCUAGAGAAAAGCGAGGGUCAAUGGAUUUAAAGGACUCGAAAAGAACCCUAGCCAAAUCUGCCAGUUUGAAUUACAAGUUCUCUGCUCAAUGGCCUAAAGUUAGUACUAAUGAGCAUGUUGAUAAAAAUAUAGAGUUAGCAAACUUGUCUCUUCAUUGGCUCCUGAUACAGAAUCAUCUUAAAACAAAGGAUAAAGUUCAAGUAAAAGAGGUUGAAAGAAAGAAACAAGUCAAUGCCAAGAAGCCGGAAGGUGAUGAACUGGAGAGCACUAAAUUUCAAAAGAGUUCCACAUUCAAAGCGUUGCCAUUGCCGAGCUUUUAUCACAGAAAAGAUUCCAUUUCAGCACCAGUAUCAAAGAAGAAGGUUCUCUCUGGGGAAAAAAGAAAAGCUAGGGGUUUGAAGAAUAUUUUACAGAGGCUUUGUCUACAAUUGAAGGAAGAAGAAGAAGGAACCAAAAGAUGGAGAUGGAGCUUGUUGACACCAUGAUCAUCUUUUCCAUGAGCUAGUUCUUCACUUAGGGCUUGGAUGAGCCCUAAGUUCAUGUAACCUAAACCUUUGUUUUUCUUUUCUUGGAGAAUUAUUAUGUUGUAAUUAAAUAUAUGGCCUUGUGAUUUAUUUAUAUAUACGUGCUUGAUUUGACAAAUUAGGGCUUGUAUUGAUUAAUUCUUCCAUUGAAAUC